AUGUUUUCUAUCGGAGAGAAAGUGGAGUUUCUUUUGGUUAAUCCAUUCUCCACACCCGUUGGGCAGAGAAUCGAGAGAGCUACCAGCGGCUUGUCGCGCUCAGAAGAUUGGGGUCUGAUCAUGGAAAUAUGUGACAUCAUCAACGAGACUGAAGAUGGGCCCAAAGAUGCUGCCAAAGCUAUAAAAAAAAGGAUGGUUGGGAAUAAGCAUUUUGGAGAGAUCAUGUCAGCUCUUACAGUUCUUGAGGCUUGUGUCAAAAACUGUGGGCACCGUUUCCACGUUCUGGUCACAUCGCAGGACUUUGUAGAAGGAGUUUUAGUCCGGUGCAUUUUACCAAAAUAUAACGCCCCAACGGCUCUCCACGACAGAGUGCUCAGUCUUAUCCAGUCUUGGGCAGAUGCAUUUCGGAGCGCCCCUUCUCUGUCUGGAGUGGUUCAUGUGUAUGACGAUCUGCGGAAGCGAGGCCUGGAGUUCCCCAUGACUGACCUGGACGCACUCUCCCCCAUCCACACUCCCACCCGGAGCAUCCCAGAAAAUGGCACCCAUGACAUGACCCCAGCCGCAAGUCGACAAAUGGAGACACAACCUCAAGAAUCUCCUCCCAGUCUGAGCGCUUCACCCCCAGUUCAAAACAACGAUGGACCAGCCUCCCUCUCUCCAGACCAGGAGCAGAGGCUUCGGAGAGAAUUGUCACUGGUGAAGGGAAACCUCACUGUCAUGUCGGAAAUGUUGAACGAGAUGAUCCCAGGACAGAGCAAGACCGAUGAUACAGAACUACUGCAGCAGUUGUAUUCCGUGUGUAAGAAGAUGCAGAACCGCGUGGUGGAGCUUAUCCCUCAGCUCGUGGACGAAGGAUUUGUGGAUGAAUUAUUGGUUGUCAAUGACGACCUCAACAAUGUAUUUAUACGCUACGAAAGAUUUGACAGGCUUAACAAAGCAAAGUCCAGCAACAAUCAACAGAGUUGUGUCAGUGGUCCGAGCCUCAUAGACCUCAGUCCUGAGCUUUCAAGUCCUAGUCAACCUGCAGUCAUCACCACAACCAGCCAAACAUCCGUCACCACGGCAACCAACAAUGUUGAGGAGGAGGAGUUUGACAUGUUUGCCCAGACCAGAGGCAGCUCCCUGGCCGAGCAGAGGAAAAGCGUGAAGUAUGAAGACCCGAGAGCUGUGGAGGGUUUGGCAGGAGCUCUGGACACAAGGCUGCAGGUCACCGCAGGACAGGAGAGUCAGUCAGCUGUGAGUGAAGGCGUGUCCAGUCAAGAGUUUGAUCAGUUUUUGGCGGAGAGGGCUCGGGAAGGCGACCACGGCAGCAGACCGACCCGGAGUCCGCACCCCAGACCUCAGCAACAGUCGUCAGAGCAACGAGACAGAGCACAUGACCAUCUAUUUUCUCUUUAA